GUCCCUACAUUGCUCUCCAUAGUCCAUUUCCCACACCACACUCUCUUUUGUUUUUUCUCCUUUUAGCUUUCACUUUUUUCUUCUUUCUAUAUAUAUCCCUCUUCUUCCACUAGAAUAUCUCAUUAUGUCUUAUUAGACAUUGAUAGUUAAUACUAGUUAGCUUGAAGGGAUAAAACAACUUAAUUAAUUAACAUGAAAGAAAGUGGAGGUAACAAGAAGCAAGGUGCAGCUUCACCAUGUGCUGCAUGCAAACUUCUCAGAAGAAGAUGUGCUCAAGAUUGUCUCUUUGCUCCUUACUUCCCUGCUGAUGAGCCUCACAAAUUUGCUAAUGUUCACAAAGUCUUUGGUGCUAGCAAUGUCAACAAGAUGCUUCAGGACUUACCUGAGCAUCAAAGAGGGGAUGCAGUGAGUAGCAUGGUGUAUGAAGCUAAUGCAAGAGUGAGAGACCCUGUGUAUGGUUGUGUAGGGGCAAUUUCGUCCCUUCAGCAACAGAUUGAUGUGCUACAAACCCAAUUGGCCGUGGCACAAGCUGAGGCAGUGCACCUAAGGGUGCGCCAAACUGCAUCAUCAUUUUGGAACAGUGCAGGACAUAGUCCAACUAGCCCAACCUAUAGUGGCUCUCCAUCAUCAAAAAUCAAUGAAUCGCAACAAGCCAAAAAUAUUUUUGAUAUGGACAUGGUGGUGGACCAAGCUGCCUAUGGUGAUUCAAUGUGGUGAUGCAAUGCAACAAUUAUUACGAAAAUUAAAAUUACUAUAUAUUAAUUAUAUACUAGUAGAACCUAUCUAGACUAUGAUCAAAAUAUAAUUAGAACUAGAACUCUAGAAGCAGUGGCGGCGGAGGCCGUUCGCCCGCUUGAUUAAUUUGGUUAUAGGUUUCUUAUGGAUGAUUGAUGAGAUAUAAUUUGGUGUAAAUAUAUAUAUAUAUAUAUAUAUAUAUUUCAUUUGACAUUGUGUUAAGGGCAAGGUUAUAGGUUUGGAUUGUGGAUUCUUCAUGGCAAAAAGACCGGAAGGAGUUUUUUUUUUUUUUGUUGUUGUUUUAGUGAUGCUUGAAUAUGAAGAUGCAUCUAUUGGCAUUUACUUAGUUUUUCAUAAGUAUUGCUGCUUCUUUGUAAUGUUGGGAUAUUGCUAUACAAUUAGUAUCAUUUUGAGGAUUCAUGUAUUAA